UGCUGGCCCACUCUCCCACCCACCCACCCGUCCUCCCCAAACAAACUCGUCCAGCUUCGCCACUCAUAACUCACCCUCGGUGGCGAAUUCUGCUGCAGCUCCCCAGUUCUCAGCCGCUGUAGCCUCCAGGACUCUCUUCACGCGCCCGACAUCCCUUUUCCCUCCUACAAGCCUUAGUUGGUAGAGGCACAAGUCCAGCAACUCUGCUGAGGAAGAAGGGACCCGGUUUCCUCCUCUCCACGGGACUGACCCGCCCCCCGCUUUCAGCCUGCUGGACGCGGCUCCUUUAAGAGACGAGGUUUCUGAAGAACGAGUGUCAGACCUCCAUGCUAGAAUUGGGACUGCCCCAAUGUGGCCCUUAUCUGGGGAGCUCUUGCAGCCAGUGCCAUCGCUUUGGAGGAUGGUGGAGGAACAAGUUGCACCCAGUGAGAGGCUCGAGGUGAAGAACAUCUUGGGUGCUGAUGUUGUGGAACGGAGCUUGGAGCUUCAUGCUGAGGUGCAGACUCUGCUAGAAUUCUAUGAGGAGUUGCAGUCAGAGCGACCUAGACUUGGGGGGAAAACACUACACACAACUGACAGCUUGGCUUUGUUGGCUGCUCCACCCCAUCUCAAGGAACUAGUGAGGGAGGAGAUCCGCCUUCUUCUGCUUGGCCUCCAGGAAAAGGCAUUGCAGGAGGGCAGGGACCAAGAUGGUGCCAUUGCUAAAUACAGCCCCCAUGUGGUCACCUUUGCUUUGAAGACAAAUGCUGGCAAUGGACGGCCUCCAUCUCAGAGCAGUGCCCUCAUCAGGAAAGACCUAGGAAUAAUUUCAUCUGUGGAAAGGCCAUUGUCAUCUAGAACCAGUAACAACCUGGAACCUUUCUGCAAUAAACUGAGUAUUGCCCAUAUUGGUAAAGUUGCCUUCCGACUUCAGACCAUGCUAGAAGAUGAGUGCCGUGCUUUGGAAAGAUACAUCCCUCAUUUACAGUGCCAGCUGGAGGAGAUAUGUCAGUGUGCUACACAGAGGCCUGAGACAACACAUGAGCCUACCAUGGCUGAGCUACAAGAAGAGAAGCGUGUCAUGGAGCAGGACUUACAGUGGAGCCAGCCUGAGCCAUCCCCACAUCCUUUCCUGAUGCUUAGACAGCUUGGAUACCAGCACAGUCACCCAGGAGGUGCAGCGAAAGGGCUAAACUUUGGGGAGGCCAGUCCUACUUCUAAUGCUGCUUCUUCACCAAAUCCCAUGGAUCAAGCUUCUCAUUUGUGCCAUCAGAGACUACCCCGGUGGGGCCACCCAGCAAGAGGCCCAUUGGCAUGGCUGCAGCGAGACAGCGAGGAAUCCAACCAAGCAAAGAAGGACAAUGAUGCUUGGCUGCUCAGACCUGUGAUUCCAACACCCCCUAAGGGAGGCAGGAUUGUUUCAGCCUGCAGGACAGCAAUACCAGGGUUAAACCCCACCUUCCAUCCUGUACCUCCCCCUGAACCAUGCCCACUGCCCCGCUUCUGCCCUCGCACUACUAGGCUGCUGCGAUGCAAAGGACCCAGCUAGGCCAAGGAGACCUCCCUCCCCCCACUGACACCUCUAUUUCUGCUCCCACGGUGCAGUGUCUGAGGGGGACCCAACUCUGCUGUUUCCCAUGCCUACGCUGGCCUUUGCUCACCUCCGUGAGUGGGAGUCAAGGGAAUUGAGGGAAAGUGAAAAAGCAGUAAUGGCUCCUCUUCAGCACAGAUCGUCCUCCUGCAACCACAACCAUGACUGAGACUUUCCCUCCUUCUAAUCCGCAGCCCAGUUAUGGAUCCACAACUCAGUGGGUCCGCAACCCAGUGCAACAGGUCUCAUGUCAGCUUUAAAGAGACGCCAUAACCUCUAAAGAAAGACCCUUCCCAUUCCCACAAACAGGACUGUAUCAUCCUAGACUCAGGAAUAUAAAUUUCAUUAAAAUCUAUUGGACUUUAAAAAUCUACAA